AUGGAUCCAAUCGAAUCUACUGAGUACAAUGGCUUCGAGAUCUCCAACGGUAGCUCCCACGUCGACCAUGGGUGGAAGAAAGUCGUGUACCCAAAACGCAAUCGGAAGCAGAAACCGGCGGAUCAAGCGGCGAAUGGCGCCGUUUCCGGCAAGACUGUCUCUAACGGAACCCAAUCUAACGGCGAUAACGUAUUCCGUUCGCUAGAGGAGCAAGCUGAGGAUCGAAGAAAACGGAUCCUCGCGGCGAAGAUGGCUGCUAUCGAUGCGGAGGAUGAUUCGGACGGUGCUGGCGCGGCGAGAUCCAAACGCCGAUCCAACGGUUACGGCGACGAGGUCGAUGAUAGCGACGAUGAGAUCGCGGCGAUAAAUGAGCAGAAUCUGAAGGCGGAGGCAGCUAAAAAGCCGAAACCCAAGAAGGAGAAGAAGCCGAAAGUGUCUCUGCCUGAAGCUGCGGCGAAGAUCGAUCCUUCAAAUCUCGAAGCUUUCCUCGUCGAAGCAUCGGAUUUGUACGCGACUCAACCGGAUAUUCAGCUAAUGAGAUUUGCCGAUUACUUUGGGAGAGCACUCUCCGGAGUAUCAUCUGUGCAGUUUCCAUGGGUGAAGAUGUUCAAAGAGUCUCCUUUGUCCAAAUUGAUCGAUGUUCCGUUAUCUCACAUUCCCGAGCCAGUCUACAAAACAUCGGUCGACUGGAUCAACAAACGACCAAUUGAAGCCUUGGGAGCGUUUGUCUUGUGGGCGUUUGACUGCAUUCUCACAGAUUUGGCAGCACACCAAGGAGGUGCCAAAGGUGGGAAGAAAGGUGCUCAACAACACACUUCUUCCAAAUGUCAGGUGGCGAUAUUUGUUGCAUUAGCAAUGGUAUUGCGUAGGAAACCUGAAGUGUUGACUACUGUAUUGCCGACUCUGAGAGAGAAUCCUAAGUAUCAAGGACAGGACAAGCUUCCUGUUGCAGUUUGGAUGAUGGCUCAGGCCUCUCAGGGUGAUUUAUCUGUCGGCUUAUAUGCAUGGGGACACAACUUGUUACCUGUGGUCGGUAAUAAGAACUGCAACCCGCAGUCAAGAGAUCUCAUUCUGCAGUUGGUUGAGAAAAUCUUGUCGAAUCCAAAGGCUCGGACCAUUCUUGUAAACGGAGCUGUUAGGAAGGGAGAGAGAGUGAUCCCACCUCCUUCAUUUGAGAUCUUGGUGCGGCUUACAUUCCCUUCUUCAUCCGCAAGAGUGAAGGCUACAGAGAGGUUUGAGGCAAUAUAUCCCUUGUUGAAGGAAGUUGCUCUUGCUGGUGCACCAGGAAGCAAGGCGAUGAAACAAGCCACACAUCAGAUAUUCACUUUUGCUCUGAAACUAGCUGGAGAAGGGAACCCUGUUUUAGCCAAGGAAGCUACAGGAAUCGCUCUAUGGGCUGUGACCCAAAACGUAGAUUGCUGCAAGCAUUGGGACAAUCUCUACAAGGAGAAUCUGGACGCUAGUGUUGCUCUUCUUAAAACGCUGGUUAACGAAUGGAAGGAGCAUUCCGUCAAGCUAUCAUCAUCACCGAGUGAUGCUCUCACUCUCAACCAAACUAUGAAGAGGUUCAGGCUUAAGAACGAGGAAGCCAUCACUGAAGGAGGAGCCAAAGCUUCUCUUUACAAAGAAGCUGACAAGUCGUGCAAAGUGAUCUCGGGGAGACUCUCACGUGGAAGUGGCUGCCUCAAAGGAACAGCCAUUACUGCUGUGAUUCUAGCUGGUGUGGGAGCCGCUGCUGCGGUUGUUCUGUCUUCGAACCCGGAGGCUGCAAACGAGCUGAGGAACCUGGUGAACUCUCUGGAGCUGCAACAAUACUAUAAUGCAAUCACCACAGCGUUGAAGAAUUAA